GUGAGUGUGAAAGGAGCUGCCAGCAAGCCAUUAUGGAAACUAAGUUGACCCGAAACUCAAGAUGCAUUUGUUAUGCACGUUACUAAUAUAUUAAAACUUCAAGAGAGGCUGGAUAGUCAACGAGAAAAAUUUCGGAUGCAUGGCCGGACAGAACAACCACUUCUUAUUCUCCUGAAUUAUCCGAAAGAAGUUAAGAACAUUUGGUCUCGCAUUUGGUUAAUUAUUCAACUGAGAAUAUAUGGUAUAAGGGAAGAGCACGAGGAGCAUAUGGCAGAAAGCGUUGUAACUCUUCUUGGGACCUGCGUAACCGUGGUAAGGUGUUCAAUAAUUAGGAAAUGUAUGACUGGUUCUAAAGAAUUAUAUCGUUUUUUAAAAGCGUUUAAUAUUGAUAUGGCAAGAUAG